AUGACUUCGUUGAAGACUUUUGAGGAUGAAGAUAAAGAGAGUUCUUAUGGGUUUGUGUUUGCAGUUUCUGGCCCAGUCGUGACUGCUGAAAAAAUGUCUGGAUCAGCCAUGUAUGAACUAGUUCGAGUAGGAUACUUUGAACUAGUUGGUGAAAUUAUUCGUCUAGAAGGUGAUAUGGCUACAAUUCAGGUUUACGAAGAUACAUCUGGUGUUACUGUUGGUGACCCUGUUUUAAGAACUGGUAAACCACUUUCAGUAGAAUUAGGACCUGGUAUAAUGGGAAGUAUUUUUGAUGGUAUUCAAAGACCAUUGAAAGAUAUUAAUGAGCUUACUCAAAAUAUUUACAUACCCAAGGGUGUUAAUAUACCAGCUCUAGCUCGUAAUGUUUCUUGGGAAUACAAUUCAUCUAAUAUCAAGAUUGGAAGUCAUAUAACUGGAGGAGAUCUUUUUGGUCUUGUGCAUGAAAAUACUCUUGUUAAACAUAGGUUAAUGUUACCUCCUAAAGCUAAAGGAACUGUUGUAUUCCAAGCUCCACCUGGAAACUAUAAAGUUGAUGACAUUAUAUUGGAGACAGAAUUUGAUGGUGAAAAAUCAUCUUUUACAAUGUUACAAGUUUGGCCUGUACGUCAGCCUCGUCCAGUCACAGAAAAGUUACCUGCCAACUAUCCACUUUUAACAGGACAACGGGUACUUGACUCUUUAUUUCCCUGUGUACAAGGUGGGACUACUGCCAUUCCUGGUGCUUUUGGUUGUGGAAAAACUGUAAUAUCUCAAGCUUUAUCUAAGUAUUCAAAUUCUGAUGUUAUCAUUUAUGUCGGUUGUGGAGAACGUGGUAAUGAAAUGGCUGAGGUAUUGGGAGAUUUUCCUGAAUUAUCUAUUGAAGUUGAUGGUGUAACUGAAUCUAUUAUGAAAAGAACUGCUUUAGUUGCCAAUACCUCAAACAUGCCUGUAGCAGCACGAGAAGCUUCUAUUUAUACUGGUAUUACAUUAUCUGAGUACUUCAGAGAUAUGGGUUACAAUGUAUCUAUGAUGGCUGAUUCAACAUCUCGUUGGGCUGAAGCUUUGCGUGAAAUAUCAGGUCGUCUAGCUGAAAUGCCUGCUGACAGUGGUUAUCCCGCAUAUUUGGGUGCUCGUUUGGCUUCAUUCUAUGAAAGAGCUGGUCGAGUAAAAUGUUUGGGUAACCCCGAACGAGAAGGUUCAGUUAGUAUUGUAGGAGCUGUUAGUCCCCCAGGUGGUGACUUUUCGGAUCCUGUUACAUCAGCUACUUUGGGUAUUGUGCAAGUAUUUUGGGGGUUGGAUAAAAAAUUGGCACAACGUAAACAUUUUCCUUCUAUUAACUGGCUUAUUUCAUACAGUAAAUACACAAGAGCAUUGGAUGACUUUUACGAUAAAAAUUUCCCAGAAUUUGUGCCCUUAAGAACUAAAGUUAAAGAGAUAUUACAAGAAGAAGAAGAUUUGUCUGAAAUUGUACAGUUGGUUGGUAAGGCAUCUUUAGCUGAAUCUGACAAAAUUACACUAGAAGUUGCUAAACUAUUAAAAGAUGACUUUUUACAACAAAACAGUUAUUCAUCUUAUGAUCGUUUCUGUCCAUUUUACAAAACUGUUGGAAUGUUACGAAAUACAAUAGCCUUUUAUGAUAUGGCACGUCAUGUUGUUGAAUCAACUGCUCAAUCUGAAAAUAAAAUAACUUGGUCUGUCAUUAGAGACAGUAUGGGCAAUAUACUUUACCAGUUGUCCUCCAUGAAGUUUAAGGACCCAGUUAAAGAUGGUGAAGCUAAAAUUCGUGCUGACUUUGAUCAGUUAUAUGAUGACAUACAGCAAGCUUUUAGAAAUCUGGAGGACUAAAAAGUAUUUUUCAUGUUAUUUUACAUCGUUAUUCAAAAACAAAACAUUAAGUUUGUAAAAAAAAAAAAAAUUAUAUAUUAUAAUGAAUUGUUGUUGUUUACUCCAGCUUUCGUAAAAUUAGCGCACAUCAUAGAAUGAAACUGUGGUGACGGAUGUAAAAUUAUUUUUGUUUUAAUCUUGUUGUUAAUGUCACCAUGAAUAAUAUUUUUAUUUAUUUUUUUUUUUUUUAUUCAUUUUAUUCGUCAUUCCAUUCUCGUAGAUUUCAUUCAUAGCAAGUGAACUAUUACUUUAUAAUUUAUUAUUAAAUUCGACAAUAAGCAACCUA